AUGCCGCGCUCGCGGGGACGCAAGCAGGGGCGCUGCGGCUGCCCCGUGGGGAGGGCUCCCAGCGAAGCCGGGAUUUCGGCGCUCGUGCCGGGCGCUGGGAGCCGCUGGGGCCGCCCGUCGCUGCCACCAACGCCGCCGCCGCUGCUGCUGUUGCUGGGCUGGGGGCUGCUCAGUGCCUCCGCCGCCGCGGGCCAGAACUGCACGUUCCAACUGCAGGGUCCCAAUGGGACCGUUGAGAGCCCAGGGUUCCCGUACGGCUACCCCAAUUAUGCCAACUGCACGUGGACCAUCACCGCCGAGGACCAGCACAGGAUCCAGCUUGUCUUCCAGUCCUUCGCCCUGGAGGAGGACUUUGAUGUCCUGUCGGUGUUUGAUGGCCCACCGCAGCCGGAGAACCUGCGAACCAGGCUCACAGGCUUUCAGCUGCCAGCCACCAUCGUCAGUGCGGCCACCACCCUCUCUCUGCAUCUCGUCAGUGACUACGCAGUCAGCGCGCAGGGCUUCCACGCCACCUAUGAAGUGCUCCCGAGUCACACGUGUGGGAACCCUGGGCGGUUGCCCAAUGGCGUCCAGCAGGGCUCAACCUUCAACCUGGGAGACAAGGUCCGCUACAGCUGCAACCCCGGCUUCUUCCUGGAGGGCCAUGCCGUGCUCACCUGCCACGCUGGCUCCGAGAACAGUGCCACGUGGGACUUCCCCCUGCCCUCCUGCAGAGCGGACGACGCCUGUGGCGGGACCCUGCGGGGCCAGAGCGGCAUCAUCUCCAGCCCCCACUUCCCCCUGGAGUACCACAACAAUGCCGACUGCACGUGGACUAUUCUGGCCGAGCUGGGAGACACCAUCGCUCUGGUCUUCAUUGACUUCCAGCUGGAGGACGGGUACGACUUUCUGGAAGUCACGGGGACCGAAGGCUCCUCCCUCUGGUUCACUGGAGCCAGCCUCCCAGCCCCUGUCAUCAGCAGCAAGAACUGGCUGCGGCUGCACUUCACCUCGGAUGGCAACCACCGACAGCGCGGCUUCAGCGCCCAGUACCAAGUCAAGAAGCAGAUUGAGUUGAAGUCUCGAGGUGUGAAGCUGAUGCCCAGCAAAGAUAACAACCAGAAGACAUCUGUGUUAACUCAGAUUGGUGUGUCCCAAGGGCAUAAUAUGUGUCCAGACCCUGGCAUCCCCGAAAGGGGCAAAAGACUAGGCUCGGAUUUCAGGUUAGGAUCCAGCGUCCAGUUCACCUGCAACGAGGGCUAUGACCUGCAAGGAUCCAAGCGGAUCACCUGUAUGAAAGUGAGCGACAUGUUUGCGGCCUGGAGCGACCACAGGCCCGUCUGCCGAGCCCGCAUGUGUGAUGCCCACCUUCGGGGCCCCUCAGGCCUCAUCACUUCCCCCAAUUUCCCUAUUCAGUAUGACAACAACGCGCACUGCGUGUGGAUCAUCACGGCUCUCAACCCCGCCAAGGUGAUCAAGCUCGCCUUCGAGGAGUUUGACCUGGAGAGGGGCUACGACACCCUGACGGUCGGGGAUGGCGGGCAGGACGGGGACCAGAAAACGGUCCUCUACGUCCUGACAGGUACGUCGGUCCCAGAUCUCAUUGUCAGCACCCACCACCAAAUGUGGCUCCUCUUCCAGACCGAUGGCAGCGGCAGCUCCCUGGGAUUCAAGGCUUCUUACGAAGAGAUCGAGCAGGGCAGCUGCGGCGACCCCGGCGUUCCUGCCUAUGGCCGGAGGGAAGGCUCUCGCUUUCGCCACGGUGACACACUCAAGUUUGAGUGCCAGCCUGCCUUCGAGCUGGUGGGGCAGAAGGCAAUCACGUGCCAAAAGAAUAACCAGUGGUCGGCUAAGAAGCCAGGCUGCGUGUUUUCCUGCUUCUUCAACUUCACCAGCCCCUCUGGGGUCGUCCUGUCGCCCAACUACCCAGAGGACUACGGCAACCACCUCCACUGUGUCUGGCUCAUCCUGGCCCGGCCCGAGAGCCGCAUCCACCUGGCCUUCAACGACAUCGACGUGGAGCCUCAGUUCGACUUCCUGGUCAUCAAGGAUGGGGCCACUGCUGAGGCCCCCGUCCUGGGCACCUUCUCAGGAAACCAGCUCCCCUCCUCCAUCACCAGCAGCGGCCACGUGGCCCGUCUCGAGUUCCAGACUGACCACUCCACAGGGAAGAGGGGCUUCAACAUCACCUUUACCACCUUCCGACACAACGAGUGCCCGGAUCCCGGCGUCCCGGUGAAUGGCAAACGGUUCGGUGACAGCCUCCAGCUGGGGAGCUCCAUCUCAUUCCUCUGUGACGAAGGCUUCCUCGGGACACAGGGCUCAGAGACCAUCACCUGCAUCCUCAAGGAGGGCAGCGUGGUCUGGAACAGCGCCGUGCUGCGGUGUGAAGCUCCCUGCGGUGGUCACCUGACUUCGCCCAGCGGCACCAUCCUGUCUCCCGGCUGGCCUGGCUUCUACAAGGAUUCUCUGAGCUGUGCCUGGGUGAUCGAAGCCCAGCCAGGCUACCCCAUCAAAAUCACCUUCGACAGAUUUAAAACCGAGGUGAACUACGAUACUCUGGAAGUGCGAGACGGACGGACGUACUCAGCGCCCCUGAUCGGGGUUUACCACGGGACCCAGGUGCCCCAGUUCCUCAUCAGCACCAGCAACUACCUCUACCUCCUCUUCUCCACCGACAAGAGCCACUCCGACAUCGGCUUCCAGCUCCGCUAUGAGACUAUAACACUGCAGUCGGACCACUGUCUGGAUCCAGGGAUCCCCGUAAAUGGGCAGCGUCAUGGAAACGACUUCUAUGUGGGCGCCCUGGUGACUUUCAGCUGCGACUCGGGCUACACGUUGAGUGACGGGGAGCCCCUGGAGUGUGAGCCCAAUUUCCAGUGGAGCCGGGCGCUGCCCAGCUGUGAAGCACUCUGCGGCGGCUUCAUCCAAGGCUCUAGCGGGACCAUCCUGUCGCCAGGGUUCCCGGACUUCUACCCCAACAACUUGAACUGCACCUGGGUUAUCGAAACUUCGCAUGGCAAGGGUGUGUUCUUUACUUUCCACACCUUCCACCUGGAGAGUGGCCAUGACUACCUCCUCAUCACCGAAAAUGGCAGCUUCACCCAGCCCCUGAGACAGCUGACCGGCUCGCGGUUGCCAGCCCCCAUCAGCGCUGGUCUCUAUGGCAACUUCACCGCCCAGGUCCGCUUCAUUUCCGACUUCUCCAUGUCCUAUGAAGGAUUCAACAUCACCUUCUCAGAAUAUGACCUGGAGCCCUGUGAGGAGCCGGAGGUCCCCGCCUACAGCAUCCGGAAGGGCUUGCAGUUUGGUGUAGGCGACACCUUGACCUUCUCCUGCUUCCCCGGGUACCGUCUGGAGGGCACGGCCCGCAUCACGUGCCUGGGGGGCAGACGGCGCCUGUGGAGUUCGCCUCUGCCAAGGUGUGUUGCCGAGUGUGGGAAUUCGGUCACGGGCACUCAGGGCACUUUGCUGUCCCCCAACUUCCCUGUGAACUACAACAACAACCACGAAUGCAUCUACUCCAUCCAGACCCAGCCGGGAAAGGGGAUCCAGCUGAAAGCCAGGGCGUUCGAGCUCUCUGAGGGAGACGUCCUCAAGGUCUAUGAUGGCACCAACAACUCCGCCCGCUUGCUGGGGGUAUUCAGCCGCUCCGAGAUGCUGGGGGUGACUUUGAACAGCACAUCCAGCAGCCUGUGGCUCGACUUCGUCACUGACGCCGAGAACACCAGCAAGGGCUUUGAGCUGCAGUUUUCCAGCUUUGAACUCAUCAGAUGCGAGGACCCAGGAACCCCCCAGUUUGGCUACAAGGUCCAUGACGGAGGCCACUUUGCAGGGAGCUCCGUGUCCUUCAACUGUGACCCUGGAUACAGCCUGCGGGGCAGCGAGGAGCUGCUGUGUCUGAGCGGCGAGCGCAGGACCUGGGACCGGCCUCUCCCCACUUGUGUCGCUGAGUGUGGAGGGACAAUCAAAGGAGAGGCGUCGGGGCAGGUGCUGUCCCCUGGGUACCCAGCUCCGUACGAACACAACCUCAACUGCAUCUGGACCAUCGAGGCUGAUGCUGGCUGCACCAUCGGGCUGCACUUCCUGGUGUUUGACACGGAGGAGGUCCACGACGUGCUGCGCAUCUGGGACGGGCCCGUGGAGAGCGGGGUCCUGCUGAAGGAGCUCAGCGGCCCAGCCCUGCCCAGGGACCUGCACAGCACCUUCAACUCGGUCGUCCUACAGUUCAGCACCGACUUCUUCACCAGCAAGCAGGGCUUUGCCAUUCAGUUCUCAGUGUCCACAGCAACGUCCUGCAAUGACCCCGGGGUCCCACAGAACGGGAGCCGGAGCGGCGACAGUUGGGAAGCUGGCGACUCCACGGUGUUCCAGUGUGACCCUGGCUACGCACUGCAGGGGAGCGCAGAGAUCAGCUGUGUGAAGAUUGAGAACAGGUUCUUCUGGCAGCCCAGCCCACCCACAUGCAUCGCCCCCUGCGGGGGAGACCUGACAGGACCAUCAGGAGUCAUCUUGUCCCCAAAUUACCCAGAACCCUACCCACCAGGCAAGGAGUGUGACUGGAAAGUGACCGUCUCACCAGACUACGUCAUCGCCCUGGUAUUUAACAUCUUUAACUUGGAGCCUGGCUAUGACUUCCUGCAUAUCUACGAUGGACGGGACUCUCUCAGCCCCCUCAUAGGAAGCUUCUACGGCUCCCAGCUCCCGAGCCGCAUUGAGAGCAGCAGCAACAGCCUCUUCCUCGCCUUCCGCAGUGACGCGUCCGUGAGCAAUGCAGGCUUCGUCAUCGACUACACAGAAAACCCACGAGAGUCGUGUUUCGAUCCUGGUUCAAUCAAGAACGGCACACGAGUGGGGUCUGACCUCAAGCUGGGCUCCUCCAUCACCUACUACUGCCAUGGCGGCUAUGAAGUCGAGGGCUCCUCCACACUCACCUGCAUUCUGGGGCCCGACGGGAAGCCUGCCUGGAACAAUCCCCGGCCAGUGUGCACAGCCCCCUGUGGAGGACAGUAUGUGGGUUCAGAUGGAGUGGUCUUGUCCCCCAGCUACCCCCAGAACUACACCAGUGGACAAAUCUGCCUGUAUUUUGUCACCGUGCCUAAGGAUUAUGUGGUGUUUGGGCAGUUCGCCUUCUUCCACACGGCCCUCAACGACGUGGUGGAGGUGCACGACGGCCACAGCCAGCACUCCCGUCUCCUCAGCUCCCUGUCAGGCACCCACACAGGAGAGUCACUGCCCUUGGCCACCUCCAAUCAAGUUCUCAUUAAGUUCAGUGCCAAAGGCCAAGCACCCGCCAGAGGCUUCCACUUUGUCUACCAAGCGGUGCCCCGAACCAGCGCCACGCAGUGCAGCUCUGUGCCGGAACCCCGCUAUGGCAAGAGACUGGGCAGUGACUUCUCUGUGGGGGCCAUCGUCCGCUUCGAAUGCAAUUCCGGCUAUGCCCUGCAGGGGUCCCCAGAAAUCGAGUGCCUCCCUGUUCCGGGGGCCUUGGCCCAGUGGAAUGUCUCAGCGCCAACAUGUGUAGUGCCGUGUGGAGGCAACCUCACGGAGCGCAGGGGCACCAUCCUGUCCCCCGGCUUCCCGGAGCCCUACCUCAACAGCCUCAACUGCGUGUGGAAGAUCGUGGUCCCUGAAGGUGCUGGCAUCCAGAUUCAGGUCAUCAGCUUCGUCACCGAGCAGAACUGGGACUCCUUGGAAGUGUUCGACGGGGCGGACAACACUGUGACUAUGCUGGGGAGCUUCUCAGGAACAACCGUGCCUGCCCUUCUGAACAGCACCUCCAACCAGCUGUACCUUCACUUCUACUCAGAUAUCAGCGUGUCAGCAGCCGGCUUCCACCUGGAGUACAAAACCGUGGGCCUGAGCAGUUGUCCGGAACCUGCCGUGCCCAGUAACGGGGUGAAGACUGGCGAGCGCUACCUGGUGAAUGAUGUGGUCUCUUUCCAGUGCGAGCCAGGCUAUGCCCUUCAGGGCCACGCCCACAUCUCCUGCAUGCCCGGAACCGUGCGGCGCUGGAACUACCCGCCUCCUCUGUGUAUUGCGCAGUGCGGGGGAACAGUGAAGGAGAUGGAGGGAGUGAUCCUGAGCCCCGGCUUCCCGGGCAACUACCCCAGCAACAUGGACUGCUCGUGGAAAAUCGCGCUCCCCGUGGGCUUCGGAGCUCACAUCCAGUUCCUGAACUUCUCCACCGAGCCCAACCACGACUUCAUAGAAAUUCGCAACGGCCCCUAUGAGACCAGCCGCAUGAUGGGCAGAUUCAGUGGGAGCGAGCUUCCAAGCUCCCUGCUCUCCACGUCCCACGAGACCACUGUGUAUUUUCACAGCGACCACUCCCAGAACCGGCCGGGAUUCAAGCUGGAGUAUCAAGCCUAUGAACUUCAAGAGUGCCCAGACCCAGAACCCUUUGCCAAUGGCAUGGUGAGGGGAGCUGGCUACAACGUCGGGCAAUCAGUGACCUUUGAGUGCCUCCCAGGAUAUCAGUUGAUGGGCCAACCUGUCCUCACAUGUCAACAUGGCGCCAACCGGAACUGGGACCACCCUCUGCCCAGGUGUGAAGUCCCCUGUGGUGGGAACAUCACCUCUCCCAAUGGCACUGUGUAUUCCCCUGGCUUCCCCAGUCCAUACUCCAGCUCCCAGGAUUGUGUCUGGCUGAUCACCGUACCCAUUGGCCAUGGCAUCCACCUCAACCUCAGCAUGCUGCAGACAGAGCCUUCUGGAGACUACAUCACCGUCUGGGAUGGGCCCCAGCAGACAGCUUCAAAGCUUGGAGUUUUCACCAGGAGCUUGGCCAAGAAAACAUUGCACAGCUCAACCAACCAGGUUCUGCUCAAGUUCCACCGAGAUGCAGCCAUGGGUGGGAUCUUCGCCAUAGCCUUCUCUGCUUAUCCACUCACCAAGUGCCCUCCUCCCACCAUCCUCCCCAAUGCGGAAGUCGUCACAGAGAAUGAAGAAUUCAACAUAGGUGACAUCGUGCGCUACAGGUGCCUCCCUGGCUUUACCUUGGUGGGGAGCGAAAUCCUGACCUGCAAACUCGGAACUUACCUGCAGUUUGAAGGCCCACCCCCAAUAUGUGAAGUGCACUGCCCCACGAAUGAGCUUCUGACAGACUCCACAGGUGUGAUCCUGAGUCAGAGCUACCCUGGCAGCUACCCCCAGUUCCAGACCUGCUCUUGGCUGGUGAGAGCGGAGCCCGGCUAUAACAUCUCCAUCACGGUGGAGUACUUUCUCAGCGAGAAGCAGUAUGAUGAGUUUGAGAUCUUUGAUGGUCCCUCGGGACAGAGUCCUCUGCUGAAAGCUCUCAGUGGGAAUUACUCGGCUCCCCUGGUUGUCACCAGCACCAGCAACUCUGUGUACCUGCGCUGGUCGUCGGACCAUGCCUACAAUCGGAAGGGAUUUAAGAUUCGGUAUUCAGCUCCCUACUGCAGCCUGCCCAGGGCUCCACUCCACGGCUUCCUUCUGGGCCAGACCAGCACCCAGCCCGGAGGCUCCAUCCACUUUGGCUGCAAUGCUGGCUACCGCCUGGUGGGACAGAGCAUGGCCAUUUGUACACGGCAUCCCCAGGGCUACUACCUGUGGAGCGAGGCCAUUCCUCUCUGUCAAGCUCUUUCCUGUGGGCUUCCUGAGGCUCCUAAGAACGGAAUGGUGUUUGGCAAAGAGUACACGGUGGGGACCAAAGCCGUGUACAGCUGCAACGAAGGCUACCAUCUGCAGGCAGGUGCUGAAGCCACCGCAGAGUGCCUGGAGACGGGCCUGUGGAGCAACCGCAAUGUUCCUCCCCAGUGUGUCCCCGUGACCUGUCCUGACAUCAGCGGCGUCAGUGUGGAGCACGGCCGAUGGAGGCUUAUCUUUGAGACACAGUACCAGUUCCAGGCCCAGCUGAUGCUCAUCUGUGACGCUGGUUACUACUAUACUGGCCAGAGGGUCAUCCGCUGUCAGGCCAAUGGCAAAUGGAGCCUCGGAAACUCUAUGCCCACCUGCCAAAUCAUCUCCUGCGGCGAGCUGCCCAUCCCGCCCAGCGGGCACCGCAUCGGAACGCUGUCCGUCUAUGGGGCCACGGCCAUCUUCUCCUGCAAUUCCGGGUACACGCUGGUGGGCUCCCGGGUGAGGGAGUGCAUGGCCAACGGACUCUGGAGUGGCUCUGAGGUCCGCUGCCUCGGUGACCCCGCCUCACUUUCUGCAAACUCCUCCUUGAUUUACACUCUUUUCUCGUCCCCCAUCAAAGCCGGACACUGCGGGACUCCCGAGCCCAUUGUCAAUGGACACAUCAACGGGGAGAACUAUAGUUACCGGGGCAGCGUGGUGUAUCAGUGCAACGCCGGCUUCCGCCUGAUCGGCAUGUCCGUGCGCAUCUGCCAGCAGGAUCACCUCUGGUCGGGCAAGACCCCUUUCUGUGUGCCAAUUACCUGUGGACACCCAGGCAAUCCAAUCAAUGGCCUCACUCAGGGCAACCAGUUUAACCUCAACGAUGUGGUCAAGUUCGUUUGCAACCCUGGAUACAUGUCUGAGGGCGCCUCUAGGUCCCAGUGCCUGGCCAACGGGCAGUGGAGCGACAUGCUGCCCACCUGCAGGAUCAUCAACUGCACAGACCCCGGGCACCAAGAGAACAGCAUCCGUCAGGUCCAUGCCAGUGGCCCGCACAGGUUCAGCUACGGCACCAUGGUGUCUUACCAGUGCAACCACGGCUUCUACCUCUUGGGCACCCCGGUGCUCAGCUGCCAGGGCGACGGCACGUGGGACCGCCCCCGCCCCCAGUGUCUCUUGGUAUCCUGUGGCCAUCCCGGCUCCCCACCCCAUUCCCAGAUGUCCGGGGACAACUAUACCGUGGGCGCGGUCGUGCGGUACAGCUGCACCGGCAAGCGGACUCUGGUGGGAAAUGCCACCCGCAUGUGUGGGCUGGACGGGCACUGGACAGGCUCCCUGCCCCACUGCUCAGGCACCAGCGUGGGACUCUGCGGUGACCCCGGGAUCCCGGCGCACGGCAUCCGUCUGGGGGACAGCUUUGCCCCCGGAAGUCUGAUGCGCUUCAGCUGCGAAGCUGGCUACGCGCUCCGCGGAUCCUCAGAGCGGACCUGCCAGGCCGACGGCUCGUGGAGCGGGACGCAGCCUGAGUGUGGAGUGAUCUCUUGUGGGAACCCCGGGACUCCGAGCAAUGCCCGAGUGGUGUUCAGUGACGGCCUGGUUUUCUCCAGCUCCGUGGUCUAUGAGUGUCGGGAAGGCUACUACGCCACAGGCCUGCUCAGCCGGCACUGCUCGGUCAACGGCACCUGGACAGGCAGUGAGCCGGAGUGCACAGUCAUAAACUGCGGCGACCCUGGGAUUCCGGCCAGUGGCCUCCGGCUGGGCAAUGACUUCCGGUACAACAAAACCGUGACAUACCAGUGCGUCCCUGGCUACAUGAUGGAGUCACACAGGGUGUCCGUGCUGAGCUGCACCAAGGACCGGACAUGGAAUGGUACCAAGCCUGUCUGCAAAGCCAUCAUGUGCAAACCGCCACAGCUCAUCCCCAACGGGAAGGUGGUGGGGUCCGACUUCAAGUGGGGCUCAAGCGUGACGUACGCCUGCCUGGAGGGGUACCAGCUGUCCCUGCCCGCGGUGCUCACCUGUGAGGGCAACGGAUCCUGGACCGGAGAGCUGCCUCAGUGUUUCCCCGUGUUCUGCGGAGACCCAGGCGUCCCGCCCCGUGGGAGGAGAGAGGACCGCGGCUUCUCCUACAGGUCAUCCGUCUCCUUCUCCUGCCAGCCCCCUCUGGUGCUGGUAGGCUCUCCACGCAGGUUCUGCCAGUCAGACGGGACGUGGAGUGGCACCCAGCCCAGCUGCAUAGACCCAACCCUGACCGUGUGCGCAGACCCUGGCAUGCCACAGUUCGGGAUACAGAACAGCUCCCAGGGAUACCAGGGGUACCAGGUUGGGAGCACAGUGCUCUUCCGCUGUCAGAAAGGUUACCUGCUUCAGGGCUCCACCACCAGGACCUGCCUCCCCAACCUGACCUGGAGCGGAACCCUGCCCGACUGUGUCCCCCACCACUGCAGGCAGCCAGAGACGCCGACCCAUGCCAACGUCGGGGCUCUGGACCUGCCCUCCAUGGGCUACACGCUCAUCUACUCCUGCCAGGAGGGCUUCUCCCUCAAGGGAGGCUCCGAGCACCGCACCUGCAAAGCAGAUGGCAGCUGGACCGGCAAACCGCCCAUCUGCCUGGAGGUCCGGCCCAGUGGGAGGCCCAUCAACACUGCCCGGGAGCCGCCACUCACCCAAGCCUCAGUGCCCGGGGAUGUUUUUGCCAAGAACUCCCUAUGGAAAGGGGCCUAUGAGUACCAGGGGAAGAAGCAACCGGCGAUGCUCAAAGUGACUGGCUUCCAGGCUGUCCACAGCAAGGUCAACGCCACCAUGAUUGACCACAGCGGCGUGGAGCUGCACUUGGCUGGAAUUUACAAGAAAGAAGAUUUCCAUCUCCUACUCCAGGUUUACCAAAUUACAGGGCCGGUGGAGAUCUUUGUGAAUAAGUUCAGAGACGAUCACUGGGCCCUGGAUGGGCACGUCUCCUCAGAGUCUUCUGGAGGCACCUUCAUCUACCAAGGCUCCGUCAAGGGCCAUGGCUUUGGGCAGUUCGGCUUUCAAAGACUUGACCUCAGGCUGCUGGAGUCAGACCCUGAGUCCAUCGGCCGCCACUUUGCUUCCAACAGCAGCUCGGUGGCAGCCGCAAUCCUGGUGCCUUUCAUUGCCCUCAUCAUCGCAGGCUUCGUGCUCUAUCUCUACAAACACAGGAGAAGACCCAAAGUUCCAUUCAAUGGCUAUGCUGGCCACGAGAACACAAAUGUUCGGGCCACCUUUGAGAACCCCAUGUACGACCGCAACAUCCAGCCCACAGACAUCAUGGCCACCGAGGCGGAGUUCACAGUCAGCACGGUGUGCACGGCGGUAUAG